AUGGAAGAUUUCUCACCACCAAAUAUUUCAUACACAACCUUUAAGCUAAAUAGCUUUCUGGCCUUGGGAGGAUGGAGACCUAUAUUAUCCAUACCAUAUUUCCUCAUGCUUUUAUUGUCUACUAUAUCAAACUCUAUCAUAAUUUAUUUAGUUGUAUCUCAGAAGAGUUUACACGCUCCAAUGUAUGUUUUAAUAGGUUUUAUGAGUGUUGUAGACUUGUGUUGGCCAAUAAUCUUCGUGCCAAAUUUGUUGCUUAACUUUUUAUUUGACUGGAAUGGAAUUUCUCUUGUGAACUGUUUAAUACAAAUGUUUUGCAUUCAGAUUAUUGGUGGAUUCCAGUCUACUACACUGGUGUGGAUGGCACUAGAUCGGUUCUUUGCAAUAUGCAGACCACUUUAUUAUCACAAAUACAUGGAACUACAUAGCUUUCUGAAGUUUAUUAUUGUGCCACUUACCAGGAAUUUUUUAAUUAUUAUUAUAAUGAUCUGUUAUGCUGGAAAAUUGAAUUUCUGUUCAACAAAUGAGAUAGAUCACUGUUUUUGUGAACAUAUGGGAUUGGUUCAGUUGGCAUGUGGAGAUACAUCUAUCAACAACUUAAUUGGCCUUUUAUCUGCUUUUCUUAUACCAACUGCAGAUUUUCUUUUUAUUACUGCAUCAUAUGUAAUAAUCUUUGCUUCUGUCAUGAAAUCAGGAAAAGCCCACUUGAAGGCAAUCAAUACCUGUAUUACACAUAUUAUUGUCAUGACAGUCAAUUUAGCAUUUGCCUUGAUUGCUUUUAUGUCAUACAGAAUAAGAAAUAAUUUUGAUCCCAAUAUUCGUGUCUUUCUGAGUACUAUGUAUAUACUAUUCCCAAGCUGUUUCAAUCCAAUUAUUUAUGGAAUAAGAAUAACUGAAAUAAGAAAACAGUUUUUAAAAUUGCUGAACAAUCUGAAAGUCUUACCACAGUAA